AUGUUGGUCUCUUUCGUAUUUCUUCUUGCAAUCAUUUUCCAUCGUUCGAGCUGUCAAUACGAUCGUAAUAAUGCUGCGGCAGGUAUUAAAUUGUCUGCCAAUGAUCAACUACUCGUCUCAGCAUCCAAUGCCUUCUUCAAUUUUGGUGUUGUCAUUAAUCCGUUUAAUAGUUCAAGAACGGAUGUACGUAAACAUUGCAAUGUAAAAUAUCUGUCGACUGAUCAUUUUGUUCACAGUGUUCGUGUUAUUGGUGCAGCUAACAAUGGAACUAAUCGUGAACUGUUCAUGUUCGCUUUUGCGGGUGAAAUUACAACGGUAUCGACACUAUUUAUUUGUCUUGUUACCGUCUCACGAUCGACAUGUGAAGCACAACGUCAAAUGACAAUUUUACAAAGUGCAGAUAAGCCGCAAAAUUAUUUUCUAAUCGGUGUCGAUUCUCAUGCAACCUUUAUUUACGGCUUCACUGAUACCAUAGCAUUCAAACUCGAGAUCGCUACUAAUCAAAUUGUCCAGAAUCUAACACUAGAAGCACUCUGGCCAUCGAUUAUAUUUAUUCCUCAUGCACUUGAUCUAGGUGUUGAAUGGGCGGUAGUGGUUGGGUAUGGUUUUAAUCGAAGCGAGAAAAAGAAUUAUGCUAUUAUGGAAUGUUUUAUUGAUCUUAUUUCGUUUAUAAGUCGCUCGUGUCAAACGCUUAUUAUCGAAAGUACUUAUUUAGUACCAUCUAAUCUUCUUUCGUACAACGAAUUCUAUGAAGUGUCAGUCGCUAUUCGAAAUGAAAACGUACUCGUCGGUAUUCAUCGUCUUAAUACAAUCGUAAUAUUGCAAAAGAAUGAAACGUCAUUAAUAAAAACACAUGUAUAUACUGUGACUUCAUCGAGCUUGUCUUCAUUCGGACGUUUGGUAGGAUGGGUGGACGAACAGACUAUAGCCGUAGUAGCUUAUCAUAGUUUUCACACAUCGUGGUCACAAUCACAGAUAUUUUUCUAUGACAAAAACUUAGUUUCGUCCACUUCUCCACUCUAUACAUUUCCGAAUAAUCAACAAGUAAUUGGUAGUAAAUUACUUCAACCGCAUUUUGUUCGUUUGAUCAUUACUAAUAAUGGAAAUUUAGCUCUAUUAACUGAUUUUAGUCAUGUUAUAGUUUUGCCAAUGGCUCCUAUUAAUUAUGCUUCAGUAUGGAUCGAGCCGUCGGCUAGAACAUUCGUAUUCUAUUACUCACCUAUGACUUGUAUCGGUGGUACGUUCAAAAAUGAAUCCGGUCUAGGUCCUUGUACAGUCUGUUUACCUGGAACUCGAAAUCCCGGUAUAGCAUGCUUUGCAGGGACUUCGUGUAUUCCUUGUUCUCGAAACAGCUCGAACUCGUACUGUUCACUUGCAUCUCUCGUCGAAUUUGAUUUAAACACGAUGCCAUCCUAUAGUCAAAUAACGGCUUAUCCAGUAUCAGCCGAUACGACUAAUUUCGAUGAUAUUCUCUUGGAGAACAUGUUUCAUAUAGAUCUAAGUUCUUCAUGUUUGAUUAUUUCGCCUUUUUUCUGGACGUUAGUUGCUGGUGCUUUUGCUUUUUCUGUUUGGAUAAUAAUGACAGUAAUAAAACUAGGCAAAUGGAAACAGUAUAAUCGCUAUCGAACACAAGUAAAAACGAUCUUUACGCGUACAGAUCUCAUUAGUGAAGGACAACUUUGGGUCGGCGGAUUAGCUACUAUGGCUAUUAUUGUUCUCGUUUCAUUUGCCUAUUGGUUUUCUAUAUCGUUUCUCAAACGUUAUCCAAUCGAAGAAAUCUUUGAACCAGCAAACUUUGCUUGUGACUCAACGUUGAUCAAUGCAAAAUUUACUACAGGUCUUGAUCUACUCGCAAUACCAAAAUCGAUCGAUGCUCAGCGAAUCAUUACUCUUCUCGAUAAUCAAAUUUUUAACAUCACAGUUGAACUCAUUAAUACCGGUUUUACUUGUGAUAAUAUCACAGUUCAAGAAAAUUUAAUUGGAACACACUAUGCUGACUUAAUAAUACCGUCAUGUGAACGUUCAGAAUGGAAUGCUGUAACGUCAGUAACUUUCACUCUACCCUAUCAUUACUCAUCUGUACAACUCAAUAUGACAGGUCCUCAUUGGGCGAGUGCUGUUCGUAUAUGUCUUCGAGGUGAGAGUCAAACAAUGAUGAACAGUAUGUUACAUGCAUUAGAUUUCUGCCAAUUGUUUUCAGCAGAGAAUCAAACAUUAGCUCAUGCAUCUACAAUUCCAUUUAUAUUGAUGAAAAUUAUUAAUAUAACAAAAAGUAUGGAAAAAUCUCAUUCGACUACUUAUUCUGGUUUGUGGCUAUCGUCCGUACACGGUGCAUUAUUAUCUAAUGAGGCGUUCUACGCUGAGUUCGGCAACUAUUUACGAUAUACAUUUGCAUUGACUACUAUUCGUAUUACGUUUGAAGAACGUUCAUUCUAUAUUAAAAAUAUUCAAGAACCCAUCGUACGAACACGACAAACUGUCUUUCAAGCGUUAUUAUUCACUUCAUUGGUUAUUGAAUUAUUUGGCUUUUCAUUUCUCUUAACUAAACUUUUCGUCUUGCCAAUUAUGCGACGAAUGGUAACUAUGUGUCAGAAAUAUCGUAAUCGAAUUCAAAACCAUCAAAACGAUGUCCCUGUCCAACAUACACGAUCAUCACAACAUGCUAGCAGAAGUUCUGUUUAUGUUAAUCUAGAACUUGAAAGAUGGCCCAAGGUCGAAUGUACACCAUCGAAUCAAUUUCAAUCAAAUCAAAUUGACGAUAUUGAAAUCGAUUGCAUAUCGCUUGAAGCAAGGCGUCACAUGUAUCUUCCAAACCGUCCAUGUAAAUAUGUUUUGACCCGACGAGCAUCUGAACCACGACUAGUUUGCUUAGAAGAUCCAAAGAACGAACUCGAUGAUUGCCAUGGAAAUAUUAUUCCAUCUAGAUGCAGUUUCGUUGAGGAAAAUGUCUGA